AUGUAUGCUUAUUCUGAAGGUGGUUCCAGGAUGGAACUGCUGGGUCAUGAUGGACUGAGAGCGGCAACAGAGAAUAAGCCCAAAGUUAAGGUACUUUCUGGAGAAGAGCAGCAGAAACUUCAAGAUCAGAAUAAACGUCCUAUGUCAAGUUUCAAGCAAGAAAAGUUGUUGAAAGAAGUUCAUAUCAACUGGGACAAGUUUUAUAAAAGGAAUGAACAAAGAUUCUUCAAAAAUAGACAUUGGACUAUGCGAGAAUUUGAGAAUUUUCUGCAGACAGGAAGAGAAAGUCAGACUCUAUUAGAAGUUGGAUGUGGUGUAGGUAACUUUGUCUUUCCCUUGGUGGAAGCAGGGCUUGAAAUGAUCAUCAAGAUGUGUGACUUUUCUCCAAGAGCCAUUGAAUUGGUUAAGCAACAUCCUCAUUUUAACAGUUCCAAGAUGGAUGCUUUUGUAUGUGAUAUUUCUUCAGGUUCUCUGGGUGACUUUAUCAUGAAUGACUCAGUUGAUAUUGUGUCCAUGAUAUUUGUGCUUUCAUCCAUUGAUCCUCGGUCCCAUGCAUCCGUCUUGAAAGACAUUUGGAGGGUUUUAAAACCUGGAGGAGUGUUGCUCUUCCGUGACUAUGGCCUGUUUGAUGCUGCACAAAUUCGAUUUGGACCUGGGCACAAGAUAUGUGAGAAACUUUAUGUGAGGCAAGAUGGUACACUGGCGUAUUAUUUUGAAGAUCACGAAACUGAAAAAUUAUUCAUGGGAUGUGGAUUCCAAAUGCUGGACAACAGAUAUGUGCAACGUAUAACUGAGAACAAGCAGAAGGGUAUCCAGGCAGACAGGAUCUUCAUCCAGGGAAUAUACACAAAGGCAGAUGAGGUUGGAUAUGCUGUACAUGUCCAGAUGCAGCAUGACAUGUUCCAAGUUUUGGCCAUAAGCAGUAUUGUGGUGCAAAACAAGGAAGACAUAGAGGAUUGCUGUGAAGGGGUCCCCUAUGCGGUUCCUCCCUUGGGAAGUCUUCGAUUCUUGCCACCUGUUCCAGUUGGACCUUGGCAAGAGGUUUAUGAUGCAACUCAAGUUCCUGCAACUUGUGUCCAGCCCUUCCGCCCAACUACAAAUGCCACAGAGCCAGUCAUUCUCGGUAUUGAAGACUGCCUCAUCCUCAAUAUCUACAGUCCUAAGGAGCCAAAUACAGGUGCCAGUGAUCUGCCUGUUCUUGUUUGGAUACAUGGUGGUGCAUAUAGUUUAGGUAGCUCUGACCCAAUAAUGUACUCUCCUGGAUAUUUCAUGGAUCAUGAUGUGGUUCUGGUAUCCAUCAAUUAUCGACUUGGUGUUCUUGGCUUCCUGUCAACUGAGGAUUCACUUGGACCUGGGAACUAUGGAAUGUUGGAUCAGGUACUUGCACUGCAAUUUGUGAGGGAUAACAUAGCACCUUUUGGAGGUAAUCCAGAUAAAGUCACCAUCUUUGGAGAGAGUGCUGGUGCUGCUUCUGUUCAUUUGCUGAUGCUAUCUCCACUUACGCAAGAUGGUGAUACUAGUUUCUGUCUUUCAGCUGCCCUUUUGGAGAAGGAGUUAUUUUCUGAGAUAGAUCAAAAAUGGAAUGAAGUAUAUUGCCCUCUCCUCCUCAUGUUAGAAGGAGCAGAAAGAAAGAACAUGAGGGUCACAUGUGAAGCCAUUCGCAUUAAAUACUUCAAGGAAUUAUCCAUUAAUAUGGACUCCUUGAGCGACCUAAUUAGGGUCCUGUCUGAUCGUUGGUUCAUCCUCUCAACUCUGAAAUCAGUUCAACUUCACUCGCAAAAAGCUCCCACAUUCUUGUACAAGCUAGAAUAUGAAGGAGAGAAAGGCUAUAUGGAUGUGGUAUUGGCUGAAGAAUUAGCCAAUGGGAUGCCCAAACCUCAUGGAAUUUGUCACUUUGAUGAUGUACCCUUCCUGUUCGACAUUCAGAUUUUCCCUCCAAUACAGAAUGGGUCCAAGGAUGCAGUGGUCAAGAAACACAUGCUAGAUCUCUGGAUAAGUUUUGCCUACAAUGGUUCCCCAACUCAGAAUCCUCCUGAGAAUGAGCCUCGCUGGUUCCCCUACACAGAAGCAGAUGACAGACAUUAUGUGUUAGAUGUGUACCCAAGAUUGGAUAGGGACUUACUUGGCUCUGACACAAUUGAGUUCUGGGAAACGCUCUGGGCCCGGGAUGCACCCAACAAAAAAAUUAUGGCAUCCUAUUGCCUUUAUCUGGCAUUUAUUUUUGCUGGGCUGUUUUCAUCUGGCCACUCGCAAGAAGAUACUAUAGAAGCUGAAACACCCCUUGGCAAGCUCUUGGGUCGUGUGAAGGAGUCAGUUGGUGGAAGAAACUACUAUUCUUUCACAGGAGUCCCUUUUGCAAUUGCUCCCUUGGGAGAACUUCGAUUCCAGCCACCUGUUCCAGUUGAACCUUGGCAGGGAGUAUAUGAUGCAACCCAAAUGCCUGCAACAUGCAUCCAGCCCCUUCUCCUAGGGGCAGGUGCCACAGAGCCACUCAUAUUGGGUGUUGAAGAUUGCCUCAUCCUCAAUAUCUACAGUCCAAAGGAAUUGGGUAGUUCAUCCUUGACGUUUGCACCACGAGUAGAUGUAGAGGCUGGAGCCCCCUUCUUGCUUGCCAAUCCUCUGGAUAUUUUGCAAAGUGGAGACUAUACAGCCAUUCCUUGGAUGACUGGGGUUAACAGGGAAGAGGGCCUCUUUCUUGUCUAUCGAGUUUGUCACUUUGACGAGAUACCCUUCCUUUUCGACAUUCAGCUUUUCCCUCCAAUACAGGAUGGAUCUAACGAUGCGGUGGUCAGGAACCGCUUCCUAGAUCUUUGGAUGAAUUUCACUUACAACGGUUCUCCAACUCAGAAUCCACUUGAGAAUGAGCCCCACUGGUUCCCUUACACAGAAGCAGACGACAGGCAUUAUGUGAUUGAUAUGUACCCAAGACUGGCUCGGGACCUCGUUAAUUCUGACGUGAUCGAGUUCUGGGAAUCUCUCUUGACCCAGGAUGCACUUAUCAAGUAAGCAUUUCCAUCAAUUUUUUGACACAAUGCCGCUUUUGAAAAAUGAUAUAGUCUGUUCUCUCCAACCUGGGAGUGAUUUUGAUAAGCAAAGGGAUCGCUCGGUAUGUCACUUUGAAGGAUGAGUGAUGGAACGAGAAGGGGAAAUACAGAUUUCCAGGGGCAGAGAUGUCUCAGUUGAGGCAUGCUGCCUGAGGUGUAGAAAAUGAUGAAAGUAUUUCUGUGUGACGAUUGCUGAUUUUAUCAAGACUAUGGGUCAGGGGAGUCUAACUCGAUUAAGCUGUGGACCGGAUGGAACUCUUUGAGGGUGGUUGGGGGCCGCACUAACAAAUCUUACACCAAAAAUUUUACGCGAACUCAACACUUUUCCAAAACCAACUAGUGAAGUUGGAUUCGUGGACCGGAUGAAAUGAACUAACGGGUCGGAUCCGGCCCGCGGACCCCAGUUUGACACCUUUGCUAUAGGUGAUCUCCUGUCCCCCCACAACCUUAACAGAUUAACGUCGCCACAGCAACUCGUUUCCCCUCAUCACUUGUUGUGAGUCGCCUAAGGGUAGAGAUCCGACACUCUCAGGUUUCGCUGAACAGACAAUAGAGUGUCUGUGAUUAAAUGUUUCUGACUAAUGGACACGAAUUGGGAGGGUUUUCCAAGAAUACAUUGAUAAAAAGCGAAAUCAUUUUGUUGCAGAGAGGAGGAUUCAGAGACGGGUUUGUCUGUGAAAACAUACGAUGUUUAGAGCAGUUGUGCCAAAGCUGAUUUCCUCUUGACUCUGCUGUCUCUGAGAAUAAGAAGGACUGCUGCACGGGGAGAAGGUUUUUAUUUAUAGAUUAAAUGAUGGAGGGAAUUGGGAGAAGUUAAAUGUUUUAUGAGAGAGAACC